AUGAGUAAUAUAAAAUCAAUUAAACCAUGUUUCAAGACAGAGGAGGGACCCUACAGACUCAUUAGAGAUGAAAGUUUUAGAAUGGAUAAUAGAUAUUUAAGAAAAUUUGUUUCAAAUAUUGCACCUAAAAUAUCAUUUUAUGAUUUAGAUUGUAAUAAUAAUAAUAAUCAUAAUAAUAAUAGUAAUAGCAAUAGUGAUAAUAAUAAUAAUGGUAAUGGUAAUAACAGCAACAAUGAUGAUGAUGUUAAUAAUAAUAGUAAUAAUAGUAAUGAGAUUAGUAAUGAUGUUAUAAAAUCAUCAAUGGGAUCAUAUAUACCAAUUGAAGAGUAUGCAACACCUGGUAAUCAUCAAGUUUCGAAUAAUAUAAAUAUAAAUAAAAAAAACCAAAAUAACAAUAGUAAUACAAAGCAAGAGGAAAAAGUUCAACUUUUUUUCACAAAUAAUUCCAGUUUAUCAUUAUUUUCAUUUACAAAUAUUGAAAAAGCAGAGCUUGUAACUAGGAAUCCAAUUAAUUUUCAGUGUGUUUUAGUUUGUCAAAAAAUUAAAAAAACAAAAAAAAAUCUAGGAUCUCUUUCAAUUCUAAUGGGCACAGAUACUGGAGAAAUCCUAUUAUUUGACCCCGAAAAAUCAAUCAUAACCAACGCAUUCAAUAGAGAUUUAAAUCAACCCAGUUCAAAUUCAUCAGCAAAUGGUCAUAGUAAUUCAAAUGGUAGUAAUAGUAACCAAUCAAAUAAAAGAAAAUUAAAAUGUUUAUGUUUAGAAUGGUUGCCUGGCUGUGACGAUAAAUUUAUUGCCGGUUUUGAUAAUGGCUAUUUAAUGCUAUUCGAUAUUAAUAUACAAACUCAAAAACAAAACUAUCCUCCACAACAACAACAUCAACAACAUCAACAACAUCAACAACAACAACAACAACAACAACAACACCAUCAAAAAUCUAAUCCGCUCGAUACAUGGGAAAUUUGUUUAAAGAAAAAAAUAAAUGCAAUUUCAUUUUCACCAAAUGGCAGAUAUUUAGCAGUAGCUUGCCAAGAUAGUCUAUUAAGAGUUUAUGAAUUUGACACAAAAAAUCAUAUAGUAUCUUAUGAAACUUAUUUUGGUGGUGUAUUAUCAGUUGAUUGGUCCCCAGAUGGUGAAUUUCUAGUUACUGGAGGUGAGGAUGAUUAUAUUAGCAUUUGGUCAUUUGGCAAUGGAGAUUAUAAACUUGUAACAAGGGGCCAGGGUCAUCAAUCUUGGAUUGGUUGCGUAAAGUUUGAUCCAUUUAUUUUUCCUCCUGGUUCAAACCAAUAUCGUAUUGUCUCUGGUGGCGAAGAUACAAGGUUAUUACUAUGGGAUUUCUCAAAAGAAAGUAUAAGAAAACAAAGAGGUAAAAGUUUUUCAAAUAAUAAUAAUAAUAAUAAUAAUAAUAAUAAUAAUAAUAAUAAUAAUAAUAAUAAUAUUUCAAAUUCAAAUUCAAAUUUAAAUAAAACAAGUGAGGAUUCCUUAUCAAUUCAAUUAGCAUUUACUAUAUUUAAUAAUGAACAGGAAAAAAAAAAAGAGAAAGAAAAACUACAACAACAGCUGCUGCAACAACAACAACAGCAUCAUCAAAAAAAUAAUACAGUAUUGGUUAAAAGUGUUUCAAGAUCCAUCGCACCAAUCAUAUAUCCAAUAGUUUCACAUCGAGCCCACUCUGACCCGGUUUGUGAUUUAUUAUGCACCAAAGAUUGGAUUAUCACUGUUAGUUUUAAAAAUUUUAGUAUUUGGGCAAGACCUAUUACAGUUGCAAAUGUUUCAUUUAUAGAUAUGAAUAUUAAUAUUUUAAUAUUUCUUUUAACCACAUUAUUUUUUAAUUUUAUCAAAUGUCAAUCUCCUGUGGAAAUUCCAUCUUAUGAAGUAAUCAAAGAUUCGUAUGGUUUGGAUGGAAAAUGUAAAGUGUUUUAUUCAGUGAUUGUUACAUCACAAAAUGAUGUAGGUUCAAUAGAUGAAAUUUUUUUAGUUCAUGGUGAUACAAUGGUCCUACUUUCAUCUUCAAGCCAAUUCCAUAUUGCUUCCGAAUCUCGAAAUGGAACUCACUACAUUUAUAACUUUAUUUUAGAAGCAGAUAUCAAAUCAACAGAUACUUAUAGUCCCGAUAGAGUUUACUUUUUUGUUUAUAAGGAUAAUGGAAGGGGUGGUCUUUCGUUCACAUUUGGUAAUGAGGAUGGUAAAAGUGUAGAAUAUAUUUGUCAAGAGCCCCCACAACAAGUAGAUAUUUCACAAGAUUAUUUCAUCGAUACCCCAGUUAAAGUUGAAAAUCCCUUUUAUGUAAAAAUCAAUACUGUUUUAGAAAAGCCAAUUCAAAUUGUAAAUAUUGUACCAAAUUCAAAUGAUUAUCCAUUCGAACUUUCAGUAUUGAGAUCAGAAUUAAAAUUCUUUCAAUUUAAUUUAAUAUUUAAUAAAUACUCAACAAUAACGGGUUUUACAACUAUGACUUUUGAUGUUUUUUAUAGUACAUCUCUUAAAUUUACAAUUAAUAUUGACUCUGCAGUAAAUGGUAUUGUAUUUAAUAAUGAUUAUAUAAAGAAAAACCCAAGUAAUGUUAAUUUAAUUACAUUUGAUAAUCAAUAUCCAACAGGUAUUGAAUAUACAACAAGAAAUAAUUGGGAUUUAAAUACAUUAGCAUUUUUUGAUGUUAAUAGUAUCGAUUCUAAGGUAUUGUUUUAUGGUCUUGCAACAGUGGAUGGCACGCUCCAAUUAGACAAGAAUCAUAGAGCUAGACUAGUUUCAGGUAAUUAUAAUACUGGAGGUCAAGUUUUGGUAACAACAUCAUAUUAUCCAAGAGAUAGAUCCUCUGAGACUGAAACAACCUCAACAAUCUCCACUAAUUUAUAUGGUAAAACAUCAUCAACUGAAUUAAAAACUAUUUUAAAAAAAAAUCCAAAAAUUGAAAGUGGUGUAGUUGGUGCUACCUUCACAGUUGGAGACUUGGAUACCACUAUAUUCCCAGCCUUUUUACAAAGUUUAGUUGUUUUUGAAUUUUCACUAGCCUCUUUUCCAAUAGAUUACAGUUUUGCUAUUAAUUUUGGUCUUUCUAAUAGUUUUAAACCCCAAUAUCCAUAUGGUUUAAAAAAGUCGGUUGCUGGCAGUCCAAUAGAAUAUUCUUUUCCAUUCAAUUUUGAAAAAGAUUUAGGUGGUAUUCAAUUUUCAAUAAAAACUGAUUUAAUGGAUUCAUUUCAAUCAUUUAAAUCUGCUGAAAAUGAUGAUACACCGCCACAAUUAAAUAGCUUUUCAAUAAUAUAUCCAAGAGGUGGUAAUGGUUUAUAUGCAAUUUUAAAAAUUAGUAUAGAGGAUAAUUUAUCUGGUUUUUCAUAUCUUUACUAUGCCGGUAAUUAUAUAACUGCUGCUGAUAUUGUAUCUGGUUCAGUACUCGAUGGUACCUUUGAAAAGUUAAUCAUUGCAAACUUUGAUUUAACAUGUUACUAUUCAGAUAGAGCUGGAAAUAAAGUAUUAUGUCAAAAUGAUCCAAAUUCAGGUAUCGAUCUAUAUUCGCCAUUUUAUUACAAAGUCUCACCAGAUCUAGAAGAACUUCCAAGAUUAGUUAGCGAUUUUGAUUUUAAAGUUUCUCAAUUCGAAUUUGAAAGUAAUGUUUAUGAUGUUUCCAGUGAAGGAAGAUUGGUUACCCUUGUUUUUAACUACACAAACUCUGAAGAGGAUAUUCCAGUUUCAUUUUUUAUUUUAGAUAGGGUCUAUGGUGACAAAUAUAUAGAUUAUUAUAAUACUGCAAAUCGUUAUUUAAGAGAUAAGUCUUCAAAACUAUUUAAAAUUUCAGUCGUUAUCCCAGCUAAGUUAUGUUCUGGAACCAUACCAUAUGUAUUGGUUGUAAAUGGUAAAAAAUAUACAAAUGAUUACUUUUAUUCAUUAUUUAAUAAUAAAGCAAAUCUAAACAUUGUUUCAUCAGAUUGUUACGAAUUACCACCAAUUAUUACAGAUUUACAAUAUAAUGGAAUUACAACAUCAAAUAAUGCUUUGUUAUCAGAUCAAUCUAAAUCAUUUGGUUGGAAAGCUAGAAUCGAAACAAAGGGAUAUUUAAAGGAAGUUUUUAUUAGUAUUAUUGGUAGCUUUGACAGAAAACCUCGUGUACUCGUUGAAAAAUCAUAUAGCUUUGAAGAGAAGAUAGAAAAUAUUUUAUUGGAUGUUGAAGGAGUAUUUGACACAAGUAAAAAACCUCAAACUUAUAAACUCUAUAAUAUAACAUUGGUCGAUCAAAGAGGUUUCAAAUCAGAAUCUAUUUAUGAUCAAGAUAUAGAUUAUAUUACCAAAAACAGUGUCCCACAAUACCCUUUACCAAUUUCACCCCUUUAUAAAAUUACUGAUCAAUCAUUGUUCAGUUUUUUAGUUGAUUACCAACUCUCAAAUAUCGACACAACCUCUCCAACAUUAAAAUUUAUCACAACUUCGGUGAAUACUAUUAACGUUGCAAGACCAAAUAAUGAACCCUUUAUAGUACCAUUUAAUUUCCAAACCUAUGAUGAUGUUGGAAUUUCUCUUGAUCACAAUCCAGUUGUAUAUUUAGAAAGCUCACAAAAUCUAGGUGAUAUCUCUCAAACCAGAUUAGAAUGCAUUACAGAAUACAAAGGUAGCGAAACAAUUAAUAACGAUAUAGUUCAAAACUAUAAGGCAGUUUGUGAUAUUCCAUAUGGAUUUGGAUAUCCUGGGGGCAUUAGUGUUUCAGUAUUUGGUAUUGUAGAUACAAGUUAUAAUACUAAUGGUUAUCCAUCAUUUUAUAUAAACUCACUUUUACCAACUUCAACCUAUUUCCUUCAAACCACUUUUAUAAGAAAACCAGUCAUAGAAUCCUGGAUUGUUCCAUCCGACACCAGUAAUCAAUUAACAAUUUUGGGUAAAAAUUUAGCUUCUGAUGUUGCCAGUACUUUUGUAUCAAUCAGCUUUGAUGGUUAUGCUUAUGAAAAAGUUCCAGUUACAGAAUAUACAAAUGUUGCUUUGCUUGUCACAGUCCAAAACUACACCAAUGAUUUUUUAGUAAAAGUUUCUACAAGUGGUGUCGAGUCCAAUGGUAUCGUAAUUCCAAAGCUAUCUGAACCAGGAUCAGAGUCAUUGUCGUCCUCCUCAUCAGAAAUACCAAUUGGUCAAUGUUUAGAUAAUUGUGGUGGUCCAACUAGAGGCACAUGUAUUGAUAAAAUAGGAUGUCGUUGUAUUUCACCAUAUAGCGGAAGAAAUUGUUUAUCAGAAACUCUAAAAAUCCCUAAACCACCUAUUAAUACCACCUCACCAGACAGUACAAACGAAUUCCCAGUUAGCAAUAGUAACAUUAAAUUAAAUACCGAUAUUUCAAUUGUUGCAAUAAGAGAAUUGGAUAUUUAUGGCAAUCAAAUUAAUAAUCAUAAUUUUAGAGAGUGGGAAUAUAAAGAAUUAUCAGCCUCAACCUAUAGCUAUACCUCAAAUAUUAUCAAAAAUGGUUCUGAUGUCAUCUCAAAUAUUGUUGUAACAAUGGAAUGGCAUGAUAAAGAAUCAAACAUCAAUUUUGCGCACCAAAAUUUUACAAUUAAUCCAUUUAGCCUCAAAUAUUAUAUAAGUGUAGAUCAAUAUCCAUUUGAAACAUUUUUUAAUUCUUUGGAGUUAAUUAUAAAGACUGCUUUCAAAAGUAAUGAAAAAAAUGUUUGUUCAAGUAAACAAUUUGGUUUUAAUGAUGGAUUGGACUAUAUGACUUUGAAAAUUGGUGGUUACAGCUUUGAAGGUAAAUUUAUAAAAAGAGGAAUCAUUGAUAACACAACAAUUACACCAUUAAGUAAUAGAUUAUUGGUUAAUUAUAGUAACAUAGAUGUAGCAUCACCAAGCGAACAAUUCUCUUAUAUAGCAAUUCAAAUUCCUCAUUUUAAAAAUAUAAUAGAAAUAGAUCCAAACUUUGGGGUUUUACUAGAUUCAAACAGGGAAUCAAAUAGUGGUCCAAAUGCCAUUUGUUCAAAAGAAUCAUCUUCAAAACUAUCAUCUUCUCAAAUUGCUGGUAUAGUAAUAGGUUCUGUUGUUUUCUUGGUUAUUGUAGCAUUAAUAAUCUUAUUUAAAGUUUCAAAAUCUAUUAAAUGUCUAAGAUUAAAAGAAAAUAUUCUAAACUAUCGAUAUUGCAAAUAUAUUAAAAUAUUCUUAAAUCUUGCAUGUACUGUUAAUUAUUCUUCAAUUAAGCAUAACUCCAUUGUUAAUAUUCAUUUUGUAAUGUAUUCAAUAUUUAAAAUUAAAAAUUAA